AUGGAGGAAGCGGUUCUUUUAACUCUGUUGGCGCUCUUGGGUGCUGCUUUUGCAGCUCCUCAGUAUGAUUUGACCUCUCCCUCUGGAGGAGGACUCACUCAUGGAGGAGCUGGAGGAAUCGGCGGUGGCGGACUAGGAGGCGCUGGUGGUGUCCUUGGAGGCGUUGGUGGUGGCCUUGGAGGCGUUGGUGGUGGCCUUGGAGGCGUUGGUGGUGGCCUUGGAGGCGUUGGUGGUGGCCUUGGAGGCGUUGGUGGUGGCCUUGGAGGCGGAUGUCAGGACGGACAAGUCCUGCACGUCGAUGGAUCAUGCGUGACUCCUGUGAUUACCAGGAAGGUCUACUUAUACGAUGCUCCUGAGGUACCAGAGGGACCCCUUGGCCCACCUCCAAGGGUGCCACCUCCUCAGGUUGAACACAACAUCGUCUUCGUGCGUCUUCCCGAAGUUGCUCCUCCACCAGAGCCCGUCAUCAUUCCUCCACCGAAGCAGGAGAGCAUCGUUUACGUUCUCAAUAAGAAGGAAGAACAAGCUCAAAAAGUCAUCGAAGUUGAAGCUCCUCCAGCUUCCAAUCCUGAAGUUUACUUCGUCAACUACCAGGACGGAGAAAACCCAACUCUGCCACUUGGUGUGGACCUCGAGACUGCCCUUAGUGCUGCUAGCGCCACCGGUGGCCAAGUUCUCGGUGGCGUUGGGGGUCUUGAUGGAGGAGAAGGAGGAUUCGGUCUUGGUGGAGGAGUUGGUGGAGUCGGCCUUGGUGGAGGCGCUGGGGGAUUCAGUGGAGGAGCAGGUGGAUUUAACGGAGGCGCAGGAGGCUUCAAUGGAGGCGCUGGAGGCUUCAGUGGAGGCGCUGGAGGCUUCAGUGGAGGAGCCGGAGGCUUCAGUGGAGGAGCCGGAGGCUUCAGUGGAGGAGCCGGAGGCGCCGGAGGUUUCAAUGGAGGCGCCGGAGGAUUUGGAGGUGAUGGAGGAUUCGGUGGUGCCAGCGGUGGCGCUCCUUCUGGUCUCUACACACGACCAUAAGUUAUCACUAUUCGAUAUCGAAUCAUCAAUUAUUAGUAUUUUGUUGUUUAAUAGUUGGUUACACCCUGCACUGCAGUUAUAUAAAGUUCGUUUAUGUUGUGGGAUGUAUUCGAAAAUAAAAAAAAUGCAUCUCA